CCUUUCCUGAACAACGCUGGUAAGCGUAGAGGCUAAACUAGAAAAGGUUGCAAAAACAGAGAAAUCUUUUUCUUCAACCAGUCACUAGCAUUUCCCGCGAAGUCCGACCCCAGGGAGACGCUGAAACCCUAUCUCGGCCUAGCCCAUGGAUGCCCUCAGGAAGCAGCUUGACGUUCUCAUGGGGACCAAUAGGAACGGGGACGUGACAGAGGUCGACCGCAAUUACUCCGAUCGCGACGUCUGCCGGCUCUUUCUCGCCGGCCUUUGCCCCCACGACCUCUUCCAACUCACUAAAAUGGAUCUCGGUCCUUGUCCAAAGGUGCACUCCUUACAACUUAGAAAAGAUUAUGAAGUAGCAAAAGUGAAAGGUAUGCACAACUUUGAUAGAGAUCUUGAAGAAUUAAUUGAAAGACUUAUUGUAGAGUGUGAGAGAAAAAUUCAGAGAGCCCUGAAGCGUUUAGAGGAUGAGGAUGCUAAGGCUGCCAUAGCUAUAUCUGUUUCUCAAGUUACUCAGACGCCAGAAGUGGUGGAGUUGUCUAAGCAAAUUAAGGAGAAGCUAAAGGAAGUUGAUACUUUUGAUUUGGAAGUGAAAACUGACAGUAAAAUACGGGCUCAAGAAGCAUUGGAAGAGCUCAGAACAAAAAGAGCUGAUAAGCAGGCUAUGCUUCUCCUUGAUGCUUUUAACAAAGAUAGGGCCUCUUUACCACAACCAAAUCAGAACCCUCCACAGUUAGCACCUGUCCCCAUGCCAAAUCCUCCCGAUCCUCACACCCAGGAGAUGAUCAAUCAAAAGCUCAAGAAGGCAGAAGAUCUUGGUGAGCAAGGAAUGAUAGAAGAGGCGCAGAAAGCCUUGGAAGAAGCUGAGGCUCUUAAAAAGAUGAGUGCUCGGCAGGAGCCAACUCUGGACUCAUCAAAGUAUACUGCUGUUGAUGUGCGAAUUACUGAUCAGAAGCUACGUGUCUGUGACAUUUGUGGAGCUUUCUUAAGCGUUUAUGACAGUGAUCGUCGAUUGGCUGAUCAUUUUGGAGGGAAGUUGCACUUGGGUUACAUGCAAAUACGUGAGAAGUUAGCCGAACUCCAGGAGACCACAAAUAAGUCUCGUAUGAGAGACCGAUCUGAGGACAGAAGGUCAAGGGAUCGAAGUCGAGAGAAUCGAAGUGACAGUCGCGAAAGAGGACAUGAAUAUGAUCGUCGGAGUAGGGAACAACAUGAUAAGCAUUCUGAUAGAGAGUGGGGAAAUGACCACAAACGUGAUCGAGGUUCGGGUCGAUCUCGCCAUUAUGAUUCUGGGAACCGGCGAAGAUCUCGAUCUCGUUCAAGGGAGCGAUCCAGAAAUUAUGACAGGCACAGGCGUCAUGAUCGAUACUGAAGGUUUCUCCUUGGGCGUGCCUUUUAUCAGUGGAAAGAGGAGGCUUUGUUCGCCGGAAUGCGUCGUCUCCUUCAGGUUUCUGUGCCCAUGGAAACUGUUAGGAGAUCUUUGCAUUGCCAGUGGAAGCAUUGAUGCUUCAUCCUGUACGAGUUUUCUACUAUAAGAAAGUUUUUUAAGUGGGUCUUGAGACUGCCAUGUAAACUUGAACCAUUUCUUUAUUUGGAUUAAUGCAUACCAUGAAUUUUAAUGAUUUGAAA